CCGUCUUCCUCUUCUUCCUCACACACACCACAGUGGUGAGAAGUCAGAGAAUAGACCAUCUUUAAGACUUUCUCUCUCUCUAAGGCCCAAAAAAACAAGCAAGAAACUUUCAUGCUUCUUUGAGCUGCGAAGGUCGUGUAAAGCUUUGUCUUUCACACCCCCUUUUCUUCUUCCUCUCUCACUCUGAGCUCAUCAGGAUCCUGCGUUUAUUCCCUUUCCUUCAUUCGUUCUCUUCUUUGCCUCUUGAAAAGUUUCCCUCCUUUUCUGUCUCUUUCUCUUUGACCGGGGAAGUUUCGUCUUGGUGCUGAUACCUGAUAACGUUGUCUCAGGUGUGUGAAUGAAAAUGUUGGAGAAGGUGGAAGAAUUCAACAUGGACAAAGUGAUUGAUGAGUUUGAGGAACUGACAAAGGAUGCUGAAAGGGUUCAGAGGGAGACACUCAGAAAGAUCUUGGAAGACAAUGCUUCAGCUGAGUAUUUGCAGAAUUUGGGUCUAAAUGGAAGAACUGAUCCUGAGAGUUUCAAGGCUCAUGUCCCACUGGUUACCCACAAGGAACUGGAGCCUUACAUCAUGAGAAUCAUUGAUGGGGAUGCCUCUUCGAUCCUCAGGGAAGCCAAUCACAACAAUGUCUUUAAGUUCUGGAACCACACAGGGGAAGCCAAAGUAUGUACCUUGGAACGAUGAAUUAUUUGAAACCACAAUGCAGAUAUAUCAGACCUCUUUUGCCUUUAGGAACAGAGAGUUCCCUAUUAAAAAUGGGAAAGCCUUGAGCUUCAUUUAUAGCAGCAAGCAGUUCAAAACAAAAGGGGGUCUGGCCGCUGGAACUGCUACAACCAAUGUGUACCGAAAUGCACAGUACAAACGCACAAUGAAGGCGCUUCAGUCCCAAUGUUGCAGCCCGGAUGAAGUAAUAUUUGGUCCUGAUUUUCAUCAAUCAUUGUACUGCCAUCUGCUAUGUGGCUUAAUUUUCCGUGAGGAGGUGCAGCUGGUGUCUUCUACAUUCGCACAUAGCAUUGUCCAUGCAUUUAGAACCUUUGAACAAGUAUGGGAAGAGCUCUGCACUGACAUCCGAGAAGGGGUCCUCUCAAGCAGAGUUACGGCCCCAUCCAUUCGAAUGGCCAUGUCUAAACUUCUCAAACCAAACCCAGAGUUAGCUAACCUGAUUGUAAAGAAAUGUAUGGGACUGAGCAACUGGUAUGGGUUAAUACCGGAGCUUUUUCCCAAUACUAAGUACAUUCAUGGGAUCAUGACUGGUUCAAUGGAGCCUUAUUUGAAAAAGUUGAGGCACUAUGCCGGAGAGCUGCCUUUGGUUACUGCUGAGUAUGGGUCUUCUGAAGGAUGGAUUGCAGCAAAUGUGAACCCAAAACUACCCCCUGAAUCGGCCACUUAUGCGGUGCUUCCUCAUAUUGGUUACUUUGAAUUCAUCCCUCUCACUGAGCUUGAGCAAACCAAUUUCCUCUGUGUUGAUCCUCAGCCGGUGGGCCUGACUGAGGUGAAGGUUGGUGAGGAGUACGAGAUUGUUGUCACCAAUCCAGCGGGUCUGUAUCGGUAUAGGCUGGGGGAUGUGGUCAAGGUCAUGGGGUUCCAUAACUCAACCCCAGAGCUCAAGUUUGUUCGUCGGAGCAGCCUUCUGCUGACCAUCAACAUUGACAAGAACACCGAGAAAGAUCUGCAGUUAGCUGUAGAGGCAGCAGCCAAGCUAGUAGCGGGAGACAAACUGGAGGUUGUUGACUACACAAGCCAUGUUGAUGUAUCCACUGACCCAGGCCACUAUGUGAUCUUCUGGGAGAUCAAUGGGGAAGCAAGUGAAGAACUACUUGGUGAAUGCUGCAACUGUCUGGACAAGUCUUUUGUUGAUGCAGGCUAUGUUAGUUCUCGCAAGGUCAACUGGAUCGGACCUCUCGAACUCAGGGUUGUCCGGGGGGGAACAUUCCAGAAGAUAUUAGACCACUUCCUAGGUUUAGGAGCUGCUGUUAGCCAGUACAAGACACCGAGGUGUGUAGGUCCUACUCACGGUAAAGUGUUGCAAAUCUUGAAUGAGAAUGUUGUGAAGAGCUAUCUCAGUACUGCUUUCAACUGAUGAGAUCAGUGUUGGAAAUAUAUCAAUUUGAAAAGCUUCCCCAGUUUAUUUAUCAAAUGCCGCCCCUUUCUUCAA